ACCCUCUCCCCGCGCAAAACGCCAGCGAGCUCGCGUGCAACGCUCACACACAAACACAGACACGCGAGCGUUAUCGCCCCCGAUCUCUGUGGAGUCCGUGGCCGCUCGCAGGUCGUCACACAGCCGCAGGCAGAGCGUACAGCUGCAAACGGCAGGGAGCGUUUAUGGCUUGUUAAAGGGAGGAGACUGCCCCCCCGGACCGGUGCUGUGACGGGGGCACUUCCACAGCCGAGUCUCGCGCCGAGCUCUUUUGCUCGCACGGUGACCAGAGACGGUCGCUCUGAAUCGUGGAGAGAGCGCGCGCUUGUAGUGCGCGCGUGAACACAGACUUUUGCUGUCCCGGAUACGGACACUUCAGCUGGACGCGCGAACUGGAUAGUAUCGAGAACAAUCUCUCUCUCUCUCUCUCUCUCUCUCUCUCUCUCUCUCUCUCUGGUUUCUGCACCAAAUCUCCCUCGUGUUUUCCAGCCUCGCCUGCACGAAAGCGCUGAGUGAUGGAGUGAAGGACUGAAGGACUGUCAAAGAGGGCUUAACCAACUCUGCGGAUCUUCUCACAGCGCCCUCCAUCAACCCCCCCCCCCCCUCCGGGAGCGCCCCCAGGUGUAGGAUGUAGCGAUGAUCCCCGUGCAGCGCGUGCAGGCUCAGGCGCAGGUGUGGCCCGGUGAGCCCCCGCCGCUGCUGUGGAUGCUUCCCGGUCUCUGUCCUCUCGCCUCCGCCGCCCCGCCUCCUCCGCUCCUCGUGGCCUCUCGCGCGCCCCCGCUGUUGCGCGCUGUCUCGCGCUGGCAGCUGUCCUCCAACUCCUGCGAGCCCUUCCUGCCGCUGGUGCGCGCGGCCGAGCCAGUGGUCACACCAUUCCCGCUGGCCAGCGUUCAGUGGGAGCUUCCUUCCAGGCCUCCAGUGCUGAGUUUUCAGCCCUCUGCAGGAGUGGAUCUGGUCCCAGUGUUCCCGCCCUUGUACCGCACCCUGCUGCCCCCACACUACGGCAAAGCCUGGCUGGAGAAACGUGUGCCAGACUACAAGGUUUAUCUUAAUAACAGUCUGGCUCUGGAGACCACCUGGAUCAGCCCAGAGGAAGUGAGAAUUUUCCAGCGGCAGGAAAAGCCAAUGCUGAUGACGAACCAAGUGGCAAUGAACAUAUCCAGGCCGACUGCCGCCUCCAGGAAUUUCCACACUCUUCUUUUAACGCCCAGGCGUGUUUCAGGUUGUCCUGUGGCCAUAAAACGAGUACGGAGCAACAAACGGAUGGCCCUGGCAGCAGCGGCCUUGAUGGCCAUGGAGUCAGACGUGACGCAGGGGCCGUCUGCAUCUUCAGCUCAUCCUCUGCACCUGCUCUCUCUCUCGCCCAUCAAAAUCCCCAUUCUCACAACACCUAGCCCAGGGUCUCGGCGUGCCUGGAAGAGCCUGUUGAGUCCCGUCCUGCCAGCACAGAUUGCUACAGUAACGUCCCUGUCUGCCCCAGGUGUGACCGUCGUUACCGGAGACUGGAAAGAUCAAACAGCACCAGAAAAAAAGCUGGAAGUGAAGAAGCCGUCCUGCGCCGGAGCUUUGGUGUUAUGCUCUGAUUCCACCCCGGAGGACAAAGUGGAGGAUGAGCAGUUUAAGGUCAGCAUGGACAUUGACAGCUCAUCUAAAGACAACCGGCCAGUUGCAUCAACGCCUGUACCUGGAUCACCAUGGUGUGUGGUUUGGACGGGAGAUGACAGAGUAUUCUUCUUUAAUCCCACCAUGCAGCUGUCUGUGUGGGAGAAACCAGUGGACCUCAAAGAUCGGGGAGACCUCAACAAAAUCAUAGAAGAUCCUCCACAUAAACGCAAGAAAGAUUCAUUGGAGGACGGCUCAAACUCUGCAUCAGCUGAUGAUGAGGAUGAUGAAGAUGAUGAUGAGGAAGACCAUAUUUCAAAAUCUAAACGCAACAAACUGGAGGAGCCGACGGGUUGUGUCACUACAAAUGAAGAGAACUGUGGAGAAAGGUGCAGAACAUCUAAUCAGAUGGUUCUACCAUUGGAGCUACGGAUCACACACUUCAGAGAAAUGCUCCUGGAGAGAGGGGUGUCAGCAUUCUCUACAUGGGAGAAGGAAUUACACAAAAUCGUGUUUGAUCCGCGUUACCUCCUCCUGGGUCCAGAGGAGCGUAAACAGAUUUUUGAUCAGUUUGUCAAAGCCAGGAUAAAAGAAGAGUACAAGGAGAGAAAAAGCAAACUGCAGCAUGCCAAGGAGGAGUUCAGAAAACUGCUGGAAGAGUCGAAAAUCACAUCCAGGUCAACUUUUAAGGAGUUCUCGGAGAAGUACGGCAGAGAUCCACGCUUCAAACAGGUUCUGAAACAGAAGGACCAGGAGCUCCUUUUCUCACAGUUCGUCAGCGGGCUGAAAAAGCGUGAUAAAGAAAAUCGCAUGAGGCUGAGGAAGAUGAGAUGAAGACUCGCCAGUCUGUGAAUAAACUUUGUUUUUUUUUGAUGGAAUACUGUGACAGUAUGUCCUCUACUCAAACUGCACAAUAACACAAUCUGCUCAUUGCAUCUGAUUGAGCAACCCAUUGCACCACCCGCAGAUCAUGGUUCUCUGGAUUUUCAGAAAAAGAAAUGAACUAACAAUCAGAGCCAGUCUGGUUUGACUUUGGAGGUUCAACUCUUGAGACGGAACCUGUUUCAUAUUGAAGCUCUUACAAUUCAGUGUUGCAAGAUGUCACAAUAAUGAAAAUAAAAAUAAAGUCUAUUUCAGUUAGUAUGUAAACUGUACUGUUUGAAGCCAUUGACCUGAGCACACAGGUAUAAACAGAUUUUUAAAGGUUGUAAAUAUAUGUUGAUGAUCUGGCGCUGUAAGGAAAACGAUUUUGUGGAGGUGCAAUCAGUGUGGAAUGUCGCAACAAGACAUACGGUUCUCCACAGCAUCUGUGAGAAUCACUAAGUUGUGUUUUUGGUGGAUUUUUCAAAAUGUUGUCCAAAAUGUUCACUGUGGUUGAAAUUGUUAUGGUAUUGUAAGGUUAUGGUGAUAAGCUUUUUGGCACAAUAGUUCAUGAAUUUAUUUUGAAAAUCAAAAUCAGAGCCAGAGCAUUUCAGCACAUGCUUCAUCAAGUAUUACUUUAAAAGAUGACUGUUUAAUUUCUUGGAAAAUAGUGAUGUAAUUUAAUUGUCAGUGACAUGUAUUUAUUUAUUUAUUUAUUUAUCAAUGGAUUGGGAUAGUUUUACAGAUUUUUUUUCCCAGUGCAAUUUGGCGUGGUACACAUUUAUUAAUCCAAACCCAGAACCAUCAGCAUUUUGUUUGAGUACCCAUGACCUUUCAGUACCAUGAAAGUUGGUGGGUUCUACUUAGCUACUGCUACUGUUAACUGUACAUGCUACAAUGAAAGUUUCAAGCUAUGAAAGCUUUUCCUCAUAAUUUGAUGCCAUGCACAGAAUCACAGACAGUGAUGUAGUACCCUGAUCAAGGCCUUGGUAUAUUUCUUGCAGAUACAACAUUUUGGACCCUGGAUUCUUCAAAUAGUAUGAUGUAAUUGCAGAAAAAAUAAACAACGCAGACAUUGUACAAAGGCUUUCCUUGCUGUGUCUUACACUCAGCAUAAGGACAGAAUCUGCAGAUGAACACAUUAUGUGGCAAAGACCUUUGAUAGGUUGGUUUAAAUGUGGUAAGCAAAACAAAACCACAGUGAAGUGAUUUUAGCUUGAAACUUUGUGAGUUUUAUUUUGUUCAAAGUAUACCAUGGUCUAAAAAGGGUAACCAAGACUAGCACAGGUACUUGGAUACAGCGCAGGUCACUUGGCAAUUAAAAAGAUGAUGAAAUGUGUACCAUACAGCAUAGCACAGUGGAAAAAAAAUAAAAAUAAAAAUGUGAGCAGGCCUUAUCCACACAUAUCCAUAUAUUUUUAAAACAAGUAUUUUUUUCUUCAUUUUCAAAAAAAUCUUUGUCCACCUCACUAGCAUUUCUGAAAGUCUGUCCACUAGUGAAUGCAAACAUGCUCCCAUGAGCAGUCAUGCCCAAUACAGGGCAGUAAAAGAAAAUUGCCUUUUUGAAUCACAUUGCACAGCAAAGCUAAAGCUGAGGGGAUAAUCUUUAGCAAGAAUCUUCUAGCAAAGUGAAAGCAGCAUUACAAGUGCAAUAGGCUUUGAUUUUCAGGCCAUCAGACCUCCAUAAUUUGAUAUUUCACACAAAUUCAAAAUCAGAUUUUUUGUCAGAAAAUAAAAGCCUAAAAAUGAAAGAAAGCCUCCAUUUGUUGAUGUGCAGAUGUGCACAGUCCUGAUCAGCCAGAGGGUUUUUUUCUUAGCUUUUUGUUUCAUAUUUCACUUUUUUCCAAAUCUGACUUGUGACCAUUAUGUCUCUGAUCUUUAAAAGCAUUGCGGCAUUUUUAUUACCUUUAGAAGAACAGAGCACAGCACAUUCUAGCUACAUUCAGCUAAAUUCAGUUACGUUGUCAGACAAAGAAUUACCAAGCAUGCAGGAACCCAGCUGUUAUGUUCCUUUCAGCCCCUUAUUCCAUGUGAAAAAAAACAAAACAAAAAAAACAAUUACAGACAUGUGCAAACUGUCAGCAUUUUCCUUUUGUGCAUUUGCACAAAAACACUGAAAACACUGAGUUUUCAAAACCGUCCACCCUAGAGAGUGUUCUCAAAAACAAAACCUUAAUUUUCAGAGGCCAAAAAUGCAGAGAAAAAAUGUUUUUAAAAAUACCCUGAUGUGUGUGGACAGAGUCUUAGUUGUCCAUUCUGUACCAUGAUGUACCAUCCACAAUGUCAUAUUGUUACCAUGUAACAACUGAGUGUGUUCAUGCUAAACUGACUUUUAUUUUGACAUCGAUUGUCUUUAUCCAUAGUGCUACAAGCAUUUCAUGUUUAUUUUGGUUGAGUAAAGUUUUGCCUCAUAUGAAAUAAUAAAAAAGUUACAUUGUUUAAAAAAA